AUGGACACCCACACGCGGUGGAAACUACGGCGCGCUCGCCCCUGGAGCCUGGCCGUGGCGCUCCUCUGCGCCCUCGCAGCCCCCAACCGCGCAGCUGAGCCUGCCGAUCUCUUGAAGGUGUUAGAUUUCCACAAUUUACCUGACGGGAUCUCGAAAACGACAGGUUUUUGCACAAGUAGAAGGUCUUCCAAAGGAGCCGAUGUGGCCUACCGAGUCACAAAAGAUGCCCAGUUGAGCGCGCCCACCAAACAGCUCUACCCUGCGUCUCCAUUCCCCGAAGACUUCUCCAUCUUAACCACUGUAAAAGCAAAGAAAGGAAGCCAGGCCUUCUUGAUUUCCAUUUACAAUGAACAAGGGAUCCAGCAGAUCGGCAUGGAGAUGGGGAGGUCUCCCGUAUUCUUGUACGAGGACCACACCGGGAAGCCAGGCCCUGAGGACUACCCUCUCUUCCGGGGCAUCAACCUCUCGGACGGCAAGUGGCAUCGGAUAGCCAUCAGCGUGCACAAGAAGAACAUCACUCUGAUUUUGGAUUGUAAAAAGAAGAUCACGAAGUUCCUGGACCGGAGUGACCAUCCCAUCAUUGACGUCAAUGGUAUCAUCGUAUUUGGCACGAGGAUUUUGGAUGAAGAAGUCUUUGAGGGCGACGUCCAGCAACUCUUGGUGGUGUCCGAUCACCGAGCCGCCUUCGAUUACUGCGAGCACUACAGUCCGGAUUGCGACACGGCGGUCCCGGACACCCCGCAGUCUCAGGACCCCAACCCGGACGAAUAUUACAUAGAAGGGGACGGGAACCUGGAAGCAGAAGGAGAGACCUACUAUUACGAGUACCCCUACUACGAGGAUACCGAUGACACGGCUAAACCGGCGGCGCCCACCGGGCAACCGCUGGAGACCGAAGAGGCGGCCAGCGAAAGGACUGAAGUCACGGAGGAUCUUCCCCCUCUCCCCUCACCGGCCCCUUCAGUUGUGGGCGCCACCGAAGAGGAGACCGUGGAAAAAGAAAAGGUGGACGACCCACUGGUGGACGAAUAUAACUACGGCCCCAUCACGGACGAGUACUACACUCCCCUCCCCUACGAAGAUAUCAACUACGAGGACAUUGACCUGGAGAACGUUUCGGAAGGAGGCGUCGAGGCGGAGGUUCCGACCAGCACAAUCAUCACCUACAACGAAACGGAGGGGGCGGCAGAAAGAGAGAGCGAAGGGGGAGAAGGCUUCUCAGUGGACACCAUCAAGGAGUACGACAGCUACUACGAUUUGGGCUACUACGACAGGACCGACUCUCCGGAUAUUGGGCCGGGGAUGCCCGCGAACCAGGACACCAUUUACGAAGGGAUUGGCGGCCCACGAGGCGAGAAAGGACAGAAGGGGGAGCCUGCUAUCAUUGAGCCGGGGAUGCUCAUCGAAGGCCCACCUGGCCCGGAAGGCCCAGCCGGACUUCCUGGACCUCCCGGACCUACUGGAUCCAUGGGUCCAGUCGGAGAUCCUGGCGAAAGGGGCCCCCCCGGGCGAUCAGGACUCCCUGGCGCCGACGGUUUGCCGGGACCUCCAGGAACGAUGCUGAUGCUUCCGUUCCGGUUCAGCGGUGGAGGAGACGGGGGUUCGAAAGGUCCCAUGGUCUCCGCCCAGGAGUCUCAGGCGCAAGCCAUCCUCCAGCAAGCCCGGCUGGCGCUGAGAGGACCAGCUGGCCCAAUGGGUCUUACUGGAAGGCCGGGACCGAUGGGACCCCCCGGGGGUGGAGGAAUCAAGGGUGAACCAGGAGACAUGGGGCCUCAGGGCCCAAGAGGUGUGCAGGGCCCCCCCGGCCCAUCAGGGAAGCCAGGCCGCCGGGGACGUGCUGGGAGUGACGGCGCUCGCGGGAUGCCCGGGCAGACCGGACCAAAGGGCGACCGAGGCUUUGAUGGCCUCGCUGGAUUGCCAGGGGAGAAGGGACAUCGGGGUGAACCGGGACCGUCAGGUCCUCCAGGAGCUCCGGGCGAAGACGGGGAGCGGGGUGAUGAUGGAGAGCAUGGACCGAGAGGUCUCCCCGGUGAACCUGGACCUCGUGGGUUGCUGGGACCGAAAGGGCCUCCUGGCCCCCCGGGGCCCCCGGGCAUAGCAGGCAUGGAUGGACAACCAGGCCCUAAGGGGAACGUGGGUCCUCAAGGUGAGCCCGGCCCGCCAGGUCAGCAGGGAAACCCAGGCGCUCAGGGACUUCCGGGUCCUCAAGGUGCGAUCGGCCCCCCAGGAGAAAAGGGCCCCGUGGGGAAACCCGGCCUUCCCGGAAUGCCAGGAGCUGACGGCCCUCCGGGCCACCCUGGCAAAGAAGGUCCCCCGGGGGAGAAAGGGAGUCAGGGUCCGGCCGGCCCUCAGGGUCCCAUCGGAUAUCCCGGCCCGCGGGGUGUGAAGGGAGCAGAUGGUGUCCGUGGCUUGAAAGGAACCAAGGGAGAAAAGGGCGAAGACGGCUUCCCGGGAUUCAAAGGCGACAUGGGGAUUAAAGGAGACCGGGGUGAAAUUGGCCCUCCUGGUCCACGGGGUGAGGACGGGCCGGAAGGCCCCAAAGGCCGUGGCGGUCCGAACGGUGAUCCUGGCCCGCUGGGUCCCUCAGGAGAAAAGGGAAAACUUGGCGUUCCGGGCUUGCCAGGUUAUCCUGGAAGAAUAGGGCCCAAGGGCUCUUCCGGAUUCCCUGGCUUCCCAGGUGCCAAUGGAGAGAAAGGAACCAGGGGUACCCCUGGCAAACCAGGACCCCGAGGGCAGCGCGGACCAACGGGUCCCCGUGGAGAACGAGGCCAGCGCGGCAUCACGGGCAAGCCUGGGCCAAAGGGUAACUCUGGCGGUGAUGGGCCACCGGGUCCUCCAGGCGAAAGGGGUCCUUCAGGGCCACAGGGACCUACUGGAUUUCCCGGACCAAAGGGCCCCCCGGGCCCACCAGGAAAAGACGGACUGCCCGGCCACCCUGGGCAGAGAGGGGAGACGGGCUUCCAAGGCAAGACCGGCCCUCCCGGGCCUCCGGGUGUCGUCGGCCCUCAGGGCGCCACUGGGGAGACGGGGCCCAUGGGAGAGCGGGGCCAUCCUGGGCCCCCCGGCCCCCCCGGAGAACAAGGCCUCCCUGGGCUGGCUGGCAAGGAAGGGACGAAGGGCGACCCAGGACCCGCCGGUCUUCCCGGAAAAGACGGCCCAGCUGGCUUGAGAGGCUUUCCAGGGGACAGAGGGCUUCCCGGGCCGAUUGGACCUGUCGGCCUCAAAGGCAACGAAGGGCCACCGGGGCCUCCUGGACCAGCGGGUUCCCCUGGGGAACGAGGUCCUGCUGGAGCCUCCGGCCCAAUCGGUCUACCAGGGAGGCCCGGACCUCAAGGGCCACCAGGCCCUGCCGGCGAGAAAGGAGCCCCGGGGGAGAAAGGCCCUCAAGGGCCAGCCGGGCGCGAUGGCAUCCAGGGGCCCGUGGGGCUCCCGGGCCCUGCGGGUCCUGUCGGCCCACCUGGGGAAGACGGAGACAAGGGCGAAAUCGGAGACCCCGGGCAGAAGGGGGGCAAAGGAGACAAAGGAGAACAGGGUCCUCCAGGUCCUAUCGGCCCGCAAGGCCCCAUCGGCCAACCCGGUCCGGCUGGAGCUGAUGGGGAACCCGGCCCUCGAGGGCAACAAGGUCUCUUCGGCCAGAAAGGAGAUGAAGGACCCCGAGGUUUCCCCGGACCGCCGGGACCCAUUGGAUUGCAGGGUUUACCUGGACCUCCUGGUGAGAAGGGAGAAACUGGGGAUGUUGGUCAAAUGGGUCCUCCUGGUCCCCCGGGGCCGAGAGGUCCAUCUGGGUCCCCAGGAGCCGAUGGAUCACAAGGGCCCCCUGGCGGAAUUGGAAACCCGGGGUCCGUGGGUGAAAAGGGAGAGCCUGGAGAAGCUGGGGAGCCUGGCCUGCCUGGAGACGGUGGACCACCAGGUCCCAAAGGAGAGAGAGGCGAAAAGGGCGAAGCGGGUCCCUCCGGGGCUGCAGGUCCGCCCGGCCCGAAGGGUCCUCCCGGUGAUGACGGCCCCAAAGGCAGUCCCGGUCCUGUUGGAUUCCCUGGCGAUCCGGGUCCUCCAGGCGAACCCGGCCCGCCUGGCCAGGAUGGUCCUCCUGGUGAUAAAGGCGAUGAUGGUGAAGCUGGCCAGACGGGUUCCCCUGGUCCAACGGGAGAGCCGGGCCCUUCAGGUCCACCAGGGAAAAGGGGUCCACCCGGGCCAGCAGGUCCUGAAGGCCGGCAAGGGGAGAAAGGGGCCAAGGGUGAAGCUGGCCUGGAAGGCCCUCCUGGGAAAACGGGCCCCGUUGGCCCUCAGGGGCCUCCGGGGAAACCAGGUCCAGACGGACUCCGGGGAAUCCCUGGACCAGUCGGAGAGCAAGGACUUCCGGGCGCACCAGGCCCCGAUGGGCCCCCUGGACCAAUGGGUCCACCUGGUUUACCAGGCUUGAAGGGAGAUUCUGGACCUAAAGGAGAAAAGGGUCAUCCAGGUUUGAUCGGUUUGAUUGGGCCUCCCGGUGAGCAAGGCGAGAAGGGAGACCGAGGCUUGCCGGGUCCUCAGGGAACAUCUGGAACCAAAGGAGAGCAGGGCAUUCCGGGUCCUUCGGGUCCGAUCGGCCCUCCAGGCCCUCCGGGGCUACCGGGCCCGCCUGGUCCGAAAGGUGCUAAAGGGUCGUCGGGACCCACAGGUCCGAAAGGAGAAAUGGGACACCCUGGACCGCCAGGGCCUCCUGGCCCUCCCGGGGAUGUCAUCCAACCCCUUCCGAUCCAGUCCUCCAAGCGGACCCGGAGGAACAUCGACGCCAGCCAGCUGGUGGACGACGCCCCAGCCGACAACUACAUGGAUUACGCCGACGGCAUGGAGGAGAUCUUUGGCUCCUUAAACUCUUUGAAACUGGAAAUCGAGCAGAUGAAGCAUCCGUUGGGCACUCAACACAACCCGGCCCGCACCUGCAAGGACCUCCAGCUUUGCCACCCGGACUUCCCUGACGGUGAAUACUGGGUGGAUCCUAAUCAAGGUUGCUCCAGAGAUUCCUUCAAAGUUUACUGUAAUUUCACAGCUGGUGGUGAAACUUGCAUUUUCCCAGAUAAGAAAUCAGAAGGAAGUAAAAUGGCCCGGUGGCCCAAAGAGCAGCCCGCCACGUGGUUUAGUCAUUUCAAGAGGGGGUCCUUGCUGUCCUACGUCGAUUCAGAGGGCAACCCCAUCGGGGUGGUGCAGAUGACCUUCCUGAGGCUGCUGAGCGCGGCCGCCCACCAGAACAUCACCUACAACUGCUUCCAGUCCGUGGCGUGGCACGACGCCACGGCCGGCAACUACGACAAGGCCAUCCGCUUCCUGGGCUCCAACGACGAAGAGAUGUCCUACGACAACAAUCCUUUCAUCCGGGCGGCCCUUGAUGGCUGUGCAACCAAGAAGGGUUACCAGAAGACCGUCUUAGAAAUCAACACCCCCAAAGUGGAACAGGUGCCCAUCGUGGACAUCAUGUUUAACGACUUUGGAGAGGCCUCGCAGAAGUUUGGAUUUGAGGUGGGACCGGCUUGCUUCAUGGGCUAAAAGCCACUCCGAAGACUAGCCUCCAAAUGAGCAACCUCGUAACCUCAUGAUGGCGCCUUCUGUUUUUUUGGCUACCUUUUUAUUUUUUUAAUUUUUAUUUUGGUCACCGUCACGUGCGUGUUGUGAAACUGGACAUCUUGAUGGGUCCCUGUUGUGUGUCUUUGUCUCGCCUGAGUCCCCGUCUGCCGUCAGAUCCCAAGUCCGAUGAAGCCCCCGCCACUGCCGCCACACCCCAGUCAACGAUGGGACCAACGAUGGGACCCGGUCAACGAGGGGGGACUCUUCUUUCCCCCCCCUGCAGGAUCCAGAAUCACAUGACCUAAAGGCAUGUCGCCCCCUCCAACCAGUUGGCCAAUGCAAGGUCUUCCUCCCUGUGUCCCCUCGCUAUUCUUCCUCUUAGAGAGCCUCCCCUCGCCCCCCAGCUUUCUCUGCCUGAAAGUACGGCUGCUCCUCUCCGUCGGAAACAAGCCGGCCAUGAAACGUGACCUCGGCCAGCUCCUUCGACCGCCACGCUGACAUCAGUGGAAGACGCUUCCCGUCACGGGAAGGACACACAAGACCAUCUGCCAGGAAUAACAACAGCCGCUCAAGCUGGUGUCUUCACUGAGGUCUCAGCUGCAACCCACAUGGAGCGUCAGGAGCUUAAAAGGGGGUGGGUGGGGAAAGGUGCUAUUGUGUUUUUUUAACUGUUUAUUUGCUUUUUUGCUUAGAUCCUAAAAGUAACAACGGAAACCAAUUAACAUUUUUAAUUUAAAAAAAAAAUUAGGCCAGGUUCUGGCUGUCUACCCCAUAUGAUAAAGGUGCUUCUAUUUUUGUAUUUUGUAAGUAAAUAGUUGUAUAUUAUUAUAUUAAAUAUGAAAUGGUUCCGGGUUCAAAGCCUGCGCGCGGCUCCCUCACGCCCCCUGUUGAUCAAUUAAUGAACAAACCUCCUGUGCCAGAUAGCGAUCCUGCACACCCAGUCAGGGGGUCCCUGCCCUCCUCCUGUGCCUGUUUACUCAGAGGUAAGCCCCCACUUAAACCGAAUCAACCUUAAUUCCUAAAUCAGUUUACGCUCUAAAAUUAUAAGCCUACAUUUCAGCAGGAAAAGUCUUUCUAUUUAUGGCAAAGAGAAUCUUUGGUGUGAUGGAA